AUGUGCUGCCCCUGGGCGGGGAUCCUGCUCCUCGCCCUGCAGGUGGCGGCUUCCCAAGAGGGGCUGUUGCUGCAGCAAAGCCCAGCAGAGAUCUGGAUGACCCCAGGACAGACUGUGGAGAUAAACUGCACAGUUUCACGCCAACAACGGCUCGUACCCUGGUAUAGGGAGCAUCAGGACGGCAGUCUGCAGUGGGUUGCCAGGACUGGUAAACACGUACCUGCACAGGGAAGAUACUCGAGUAAAGUGAGCAGCACAGAGAAAUCUUUCUCUCUAGUCAUCAGCGAUGUACGGGAGGAGGAUUCUGGGGUCUAUUACUGCGCCCUUGCUGCCUAUAUACACACAGGCUUCGCCAACGGGACCAGGCUGAUCGUCUCUGAUGCCCCCCAGCCCAGCCUGCCCAGCCUUGUCAUCCUGGCCCCUUCCCCCCUGGAGGAUGCUGAGCUCCCAGACCCCGUCCCCCUGCUCUGCCUGCUCUCCCCGCAGACUCGGGCCUGGAGAGCAGCAGUUUGGGACCUCGGGGAGGGAUCUCCCAGGCAGAUGGACUCAGCAGCCCUGGAGAGGGAAGGCACGGGGAGCCUGACAAUGGUCCCCAGGGAGCGGUGGGACACAGAGACACACUGCACCUGCACCGCCAGAGAGGAAGGAACCGGGAGAAACAUCAUCACUGUCGUGGCCAAAGACCUGGGCACCACAUUAAAGGGGCCCUGCUGGAUCGCACGCUGGGUGGGGCUGCCCUGCGUCUGCCUCCUCCUGCUGGUCCAGGGCCUCAUCCUGCUCUCCACCAAGUGCCCCCGCACAGCAGGGAGAGCAGCAGCACCGGGGAGCAACGUGCGCCCAAGGCGGAGCCCAGAGACAGAAUAUGCAGCUGUGAGCCACGGCGGCAGAAAUGCUCCUGCAUGA